AUGGAAAACAAGAAAGAAAAAGGUGACAAGAUGCGCAAAUGGGCAAAAGAAUGGGAUGCUGAUCGUCCCAAUGCGAAGUGUGAGGAAGUACAGCAUCGUUUCAAGGAGUCAAACAGCAGGGAGCACUUCAAGUUUCUGUCAGUUCACAAGCCAGAUGAAAUUAAGCCACAUUGCAGCACAUGGGGAAAUUCACAUUUCAAAACCUUUGAUGGCAAUACAUUGACCUUCCCUGGGACAUGCUACUAUAUCUUUGCUUCUCAUUGUCAUUCCAGCUAUCCUGAAUUUGAUAUUAAGAUACAGAGGGUUAUAACCGAGGAGUUUAACAGAGUGUAUUUUACAGUUAUGAUUGAAGGCAUCAUAACUAAAAUCACUGAGGAAGGUAUCACUGUCAAUGGAGAACAAAUCUCUCUCCCGUACUCUAAGGGUAAUAUAUUUGUUGACGAUACUUGUGAAAACUUCAAAAUCACGUCUAGAAUUGGAGUGACAUUAACAUGGAACUGGGGAGAUGACCUAAAGUUGGAACUGGAUGAUCAGUACAAAGAGCAGACAUGUGGUUUGUGUGGCAACUAUGAUAAUGAUGCAUCCAAUGAUGUCUCCUGGCGAGAUUACAAUGUCAGCAACAGGAUGAUAAGUAGUGAUAGUGGAAACCUAGAUAUUAAUGGAACUUAUGAUUAUGAGCAUAAACCUAGGCAAAUCAAUAUGAAAAGGAAAGAGAGAUACCUAAUAGUGCUGCAUUUAAUUUUAAGCUCCCCUGUGCCUCCUUUCACAAGAAGGUUCAGUGUUUCCACUAUUAUGUUUGGCAAUCUUCAGAAGAUAAAUGCACCCAUGGAAGACUGUCCUGAUGUUCCUAAUAUUCAAAAUGAUGAAAUGGUGCAAGAUGCAUGCCAGGAGAAGAGCAAAGAGUGUGAAGAUCUUCUGUCAUAUAUGGGGAACUGCAAAGAACAGCUUGGUUCCUAUGCAGAUUAUCUCAACGCUUGCAAAAAAGACUUGUGUGAAUGUGCCUCCAAAAACAAGACGAUGUGUAUUUGUAGCACCCUGAACCAAUUCUCCAAGGAGUGUGUCCUUGCUGAAACUGUUUUGGAUGACGUGAAUCACCGCAAGGAGUGUGUGAAACGAAGACAGUGCCCAUGUGUGCACAGUGGAAAAAUAUACAAUCCUGGAGAGUCCUACUCUACUGCCUGCCAAAACUGUCUUUGUAUACUUGGGCAAUGGGCUUGUACUCAGCUCCCCUGCUCUGGUAACUGCAGUCUAAAAGGAGGAUCCCACAUUAGUACUUUUGAUGAAAAAGAGUAUACCUUUCAUGGGAACUGUCAGUACGUCAUUUCCAAGGAUGUAAACAAAAGAUUUGCUGUUAUUGGUAAGAUUGUCCAAUGUGGAAUGUCAGAAACCAUCACUUGCUUGAAUACUGUUUAUAUCAAUAUAGGAAUAAUGAAAAUUAAAAUCUGUUAUUGUGGGAACGUGUAUAUUAACAAUUUUAUUACACUGCUGCCAAAAAUUAAAGAUGGUAUAAUCAUCUAUAAACCCUCCUCAUAUUUCAUCAAUGUGGUGACACCAUUUGGUAUGAGUGUCCAAGUUCAAAUUAAGCCUGUGUUUCAACUAUUCAUCACAGUGAAUUCAACAUUUCAGGACCAAACCAAUGGACUUUGUGGAAAUUUCAAUGGGGUGGAGGCUGAUGACUUGAAAACAAUGAGUGGAGUGGUGGAGGAAUCAGCCUCAGCUUUCAGUAACUCAUGGAAAGUCCAAGCAUCUUGCUCUGACCUGCCUGAUCAUUUUGAAAACCCAUGUGCCAACAGUAUAAGCAAAGAUGAAUAUGCCCAGCAUUGGUGCUCGCUACUCAUAAAUACAACUGAGGUAUUUGCUGCAUGUCAUCCUCAUAUAGAUCCAUUUUCUUAUUUAAAGUACUGUAAGUAUGAUGUGUGUAACUCUGACCACAGUGAAGAUACUCUUUGUAUGUGGCUCUCUGUUUAUGCUCGAGAUUGUGCUCUUAAAGGAGUGCCACUGUGGGGAUGGAGGGAAAAAGUCUGUGAUCCUACGGGCAGCUGUCCUGAAACUAUGACGUUUUCUUAUAAUCCAAGACCCUGCAAUUUUACCUGUCGCUCUCUGUCUGAACCUGACCCUCUCUGCAGCAUGCCCAAUACUCCCACUGAAGGUUGUAGCUGUACAGAGGGAACCUAUAUGACGUCAAAUGAAAAGUGUGUGCCUCCUGAGAAGUGUCCCUGCAGUUUUAAUGGACGUGAAGUCCCAGUUGGUCAUGCAAUCAAAGUGGAUGAGCUGUUAUGUAAAUGUAUCCGUGGGGUUUUAGAAUGCCCUAAAAAGGAUGAACCCAUCAAGGCCUGCAAACAUCCAAUGUAUCAUGUUAGUUGCAAAUCCGAUCCCGAUGCACAAGGAUCGGAAUGUCAGAAAAGCUGUACCACUCAAGACAUGCAGUGUAUCUGCUCAGUGUAUGGAAAUGGACAUUACACUACUUUUGAUGGAUCAACUUUUGACUUCAGUGGAGACUGUGAUUAUGUCCUUACACAGAACAUAACCAUUGAAUUAUUUGAAGGAAGAGUGGAAGAAACAAACAGAGAUUUUGUAAAAGACACAGAUCUUUCUUAUACAGUUGAUGUGGUGGGAUUAUACAUUGUUUUCAAGACUGAUAAUGGACUAGUUCUUAUGUGGGACCAGAAAACAACAGCCAUUGUCCAACUUGCACGCUCAUUUGAGGGCACUGUUUGUGGACUUUGUGGCAAUUUUGAUGGCCGUUCCAGCAAUGACUUCACUUCUUCCUCUAACUCGUUGGAGUAUAAUGAAAAUGUUUUUGCAGAAAGCUGGAAAGUGAAACAGGGGUGUAAGAGUCAAGAGAAAAUUGAAUCGUGUUUAAUGAAUCCAAAAAAACUACCCUGGGCUGAAAAGCACUGUAGUCUCAUAAAGAGCAUUGUGUUUGCUCCAUGUCAUUCAAAGGUGGACCCCAUACCCUUUUAUGACUCCUGUGUCUCAGAUUCAUGCAGCUGUACAGAAGGAGGAGACUGUGAGUGUCUGUGUACCUCAUUAGCUGCCUAUUCAUCUGCCUGCAGAAGAAGCAAUAUCUGUAUUACAUGGAGAACACCUGAUAUAUGUCCUUUAUUCUGUGAUUAUUAUAACAGAGAUGGCCACUGCGAAUGGCACUACAAGCCGUGUGGGGUCCCCUGUAUGAAGACCUGUACAAAUCCUAUGGGGAAAUGUGAUGACCAAAUACAGCAACUUGAAGGUUGCUAUCCAAUAUGUAGUAGGGAAAGACCAUACUUUGAUGAAAACACCAAAAGAUGUGUUCCAAUACUGAACUGCACAACAUGUGAAGUUGGAGAAACACUUUGCGAUGGAAAAUCAGAACGUCUGACCUCCACUAAAGGUGGGAUUACAUCUAAUGAAAGUAUUCCCAAGACAAUUCCAGCUAAUGUAACAAAGUCCAUAUCUGAAUUUUCAAGUCCUAAAGGAAGCACCUACAGCAUAAUAUCACAUUUACCCACUUCCAAGAAUGUAUCAUACACUAAUCUAUUCCCAACAUCUACAGCAGCUAAAAUGUCCAGUGCUAGGAUGCCAAGUAGCAAGCGCCCACCAUCUACAGCACAACCCACUGCUCUAAUAACGAAGGAAACGCAAUUUAACCCUACAUCAAAAAUGUCACCCCCUUACACUGGUGUAAUGGUAACUUCCAAGAUUUCAGUGACAAAUAAGACAGCACAGGCCUCAACCGCUCUAGAUUUUACACCUACAAAUAUUCAGGAAACAAACAUCACCUUGUCAAGUGCAGCCACUCAUAGCUUUCCACCUUAUACUCAAGUGUUGGCAAAGACUACAGUGGAAAAAAAGAAAAAUGCUACAACAAAAUCUACAGAAGUGCCAUUUACUGAAGGAACUUCACGUCUGCUAACAUUACAAAAGGGUAUUCUUUUGGAUCCCAAACAAUGUCUCGAAAAUGUUCAUGCUGUCUAG